AAGUUCACCUUCAGCCGAGUUGGAUGACAUGCCAAGUAAAAACUUCUUGAAGAGGACUUAGCAUCAUGGCAUGUUAGUAUCUGGGCCUUGAAAGAAUGAAGAUAGUUGCUCCUUCUUUUAAUGGUAUAUCGCGAUUGUACCCCAGCAGCACUUUUGGACUUGACGAAGACGACAGCAACGGUGAGGUUGCAAAUCUUUCGACCAGCACUGACUUCUUUUCACGACCGUCUCCGAUUCCAAUACCACCUUGUACAAUGUCGAGAGUGUCAAACGCGACCCAUCACCUCCUAUGCACAGAUUCACACCCACAAUGUGUGUGCUGUAAAACUCAUAGGGUGUUGUAGAGCAACAGGCGAUACGACACUAAACGUCAGGCUGCUUAUGUUUCGAUACAUGCGGACGCCAAUCGCCGAUAUAUUAAUACCACCUCGCCAAAUAGUCAUCCUGCUUCUAUUCGUUGUUCCCCACGCCCGAAAGUUCAUGAACGUUCAUGCAUGUACCACGCGAGUUCCAGCAAUGCUUGGCUUAGCCAUUCAACAUCAUGAGACGGCAAUCACAAUGCGCAUGCACCUCCCGUUCAUUUUCUCGCUCUUGCUGAGGGGAAUUUACUCGCUGAGUUAUUGGGGGCAUUCUAGCGAGCGAGAAUCGAGAAGACCUACAGGCUGGCACUCACACGGGUGUGGGUUACUGGACCAUUUUGUAUUGAAUGACUUAACGCCCGCGGAACAUAUUUAGGCAGAUAAUAGAAAUGGGGUUUCUUUCUCGUAAGUAAGCGG